CAGGGAAGCUUUCCUAAGGGUUCAUGGCACGAAGAGUGAGGAAUUUGCAACUUCAAAUGAAGCAGGGAUUUGAAGUGCCAAAAGAAGAUGGAAGAGGAAAACGUGGAAACUACCCACAUAAAUUUCAAGACAAAGCUGUACGAAGUGUUACAGAAUUUCUCAACGCCAUACCGAAAUAUAACGGUCAUUACAGUAGGCAACUGAACCCGAAUACAGUGUAUUUGGAUGGUGAUCUCACAAUUGCUUCCUUAUUUCGAGAUAAAUACUCAGAAUACUGCAAGGAAAAGCAGGUUCCUGCAGUGUCUGAAAGUAAAUUCGGAGAAAUUUUCGUAUCUGAAUUUAACAUUGGCUUCAAACUACCAAAAAGUGACACCUGUUCAAAAUGUGAUGGAUUUCUAAUUGUAAUAAAUAACCCAGAAUUAUGCGCAGAAGAAGUCACAGAAAAGAAACAACAAUAUGAACUGCAUCUCAUAAAGGCUGACAGAGGACAAAAUAUGAUUGCGUCUUUAACUGCUCUGGCUAAAGAAAAUUCGAAAGAGCAUCAUGUGAUAGCAAUGGACAUGCAGCAAACGUUCCCCACGCCUGAACUAACAGUUAGUCCAGCAUUUUACAAGAGGAAAAUAUGGACAUACAACUAUGGUAUCCACGACUGUGGAUCAAAUAAAGGUUAUGUUUCUGUGGAGCGAGAAAGAAGGAGGACGGGGUUCAGAUGAGGUUGGGAGCUGCUUAUUGAA